AUGCGCACCAUCGCUACCCUGGCCGCCUUCGCGGCAACUGGUGCUGCUCAGCUCCUCACUCUUUCAGAGCUUGCAAGCAUCCCCGCUCCCGCAUUGGAGUCCGUCCCUAUCGGUGUCGGUAACCAGACCGUCGCAGCAUCCAAGCGUGAUCUUGGCAAGAAGUUGAUCGCCCGCGACUGCGGCGCUCUCCCUGCGGGCAGCGGCCCGGUCCCGUCUCCUGACACGGACCAGGCCUUCCUUGCCGAUACCGAUUUCUCCAACGCCGCCAACUCGGCCAUCACUCCUUCUGGCUGGUACCGGACUUUCCAGAAUCUCCAGUCUGCCACCUCAGCCUCAGCAUACCAAGGCUACAGUACUUACGCGACCUACGAUCCUUCUCUCUGCGCAGCAGACUGUGCUAAGAUUGACGGAUGUGCCGCUUUUAACAUCUUCUUCGAGCGCGACCCGACCGUCGAUCCCGCCGCUAGCUGCCCCAACCCCAAUAGUACAACCGUCAUCAAGUGCAGUUUCUGGGGUGUCGGCAUCGGGCCUUCCACUGCCACGAACAGUGGUGGUUGGAGAAACGACUUCCACAUCGUCGUUGCUGGUUCCAACGGAUACCAGCUCACCGCUCCUGACUACCCUGUCUCAGGCUACAACGCAACUUUUACCGACAAGGCUACUAUCAACGCUCCUUCAGACUGCAACAGCUACAUUACAUUCAAGGCUCACACCAACAACGCAUACGAUCCUUCCCUCUGCGCAACUGAUUGCGCCGCUCAGGCACAAGAGACCAACCCGUUCAACGGUUUGAGGUGCCAUUUUUUCACCAGCUACCUCCUCGUCAAGAACGGUGUCACCCAGGCUCAGAUCUGCGCCCUCUACUCUCGCACCUGGGACAAGGGCUAUGCCGUUAACACGGGAUACACCUCCGGCAGCGAUGUUUACACCAUUCAAUACGCCUACUCCUACUCCCUCACUACCGAUCCUGGUACUUUUGUCUGCCCCCAGGGUAACUCUGGCCCUUUGACCUCUGUUGCUGGUCUCACGAGCAGCCUGACAACUCUUGCUGCCAUCACUAGCAGCACAUCCAUCCCGGUUAUUGCCCUCACGACCUCCACUACCAGCGAGCCUUCCACAUUGUCAACAUCCGUCAAGCCCACCACCUCUGCAGUGACUGGUGGCUCUUCCAGCACCGGCCCCAUCUCGAGCUGUCCGAACCCAUCCAGCUAUGUAGUCGGCAACAACGGCGGCCUCUACGCAAUCUGCCCCGACACCGACUUCAUGAUCCCGAGCCCUCAGAUCUACUACGGGUACACUUCCAACAAAGACUGUGCAACCCAAUGCGAGAAGACCUCCGGCUGCACCAAAGCAGUGUACAGGCCCUCCACCCAGAUCUGCUACCUCAAGGGCAGCCCCAGCGUCGCCGCCUCCAACUGGAACGUCAACUCCGGCUUCCAGACCCUCGUCAAGGUCGCCGACAACACUCCCCUUACCCAGUGUCUGGCACCGACAUACACCGUCACCGUUCUCAGGACCGUGUACACGGUCUGCCCCAGCAGUGACUUCACCAACAACCCUGCCACGGAUAUUUGGUACGGCGUUGUCUCCGACACCGCCUGCAUCUUGCUCUGCAAAUUGAAGUCUGGAUGCAACAAGAUUGUGUACAACCCUUCCACGUGGACGUGCUACAACAAGGGCAAUCCGUCUCUGUCUAGCGCUGGGUGGCAUGUCGACAGCAAGUUCCGCACCAUCUAUACUUCACGAGCCCAACUCUCGAGUUGUCCAUCUGCCGAGGAGAACAUUGUCGCAGCCGACGGUUCUUCCACCUGGGCCGUCUGCCAUCAAACCGACUACCAGGGAACAACAACCAAGUUUGUCGACACUGUCGCCACAUUGUUCGACUGCGCCCAAGCCUGUAGCCAAGAUCCCCAAUGUGACAAGGCAGUCUACGACAAGGCCAACUUCGGCUGUCAUCUCAAGGCCAAGGAUGGUCUCACAUGGGCCACAGACGCUCGCUUCACGACUAUCAGGCUCGUAUCCAAGCUGAGCAAUGGCGCACCCAUCCAAUCUUGCCCAACUGGCGCAACGAACGUCACUUCCUCCGGAUCUAUCUUGGCGGCCUGCCCGAACACGGAUUAUCAAGGCACCACGGUUCGGGAUGUUGACGGAGUCACGUCGAUCGAAGCAUGCGCUAUCGAAUGUGGCAACGACUCAUCCUGCUUGAGAGCCGUUUUCCAAAAGUCAAGCUCGAAGUGCUACAUCAAAGCGGAGCCGAAAGAACUUCAGUGGACAUACCAGCCUGGCUUCGACUCGAUAAGCAAAGUCUCUGUCCUCGCAGAUGGUGACGGCAUUACCAGCUGUUCAGGCGGCUACUCCAACGUCACCACCCAGAACGGCGCUAGCUUCGCGACUUGCAAGAACGCAGACUUCACUGUCCCUAGCGUCAACAUUAUUGACGGCUGUGCUUCCGUUCAAGCUUGUGCCGAAAGCUGCACCACAAAUCAGGACUGCGUCUAUGCCGUCUACGACAUGCAAAACAGUGUUUGCCACAUCAAGGGAACUGUUGCCGCCGCGUCAGAUUGGAAGUUCAACCGCCAGUUCACCUCCCUACAGAUGAUCAAGGCUAGCACGUCCAAGGCUACGUCAAAGGUCGGCCGGUGGUCGGAUGUAAUCCAGUUCCCGAUUAUCCCCGUUGCUGCCUAUGUCGUGCCGGCUCAACCUUCUUCGUCAAGGCUCCUCGUUUUCUCGUCAUGGGGAGACCGCGCAUUCAGUGGCCCGACAGGCAUCACGCAGUUCGCGGACUACAACUUCCUCACCGGCGCCGUCUCUCAGCGGACUAUCACCAACACAAAGCACGACAUGUUUUGCCCUGGAAUCAGCUCUCUUGCCUCUGGCAAGAUUGUCAUCUCUGGCGGCGAGAAUGCUGAAGCUGUUAGUGUAUACGACCCUGCCACGAACCAGUUCACCCGCGCGGCUGAUAUGGUCAUCGCUCGUGGCUACCAGACGUCAGCUACGUUGUCAGAUGGCCGCAUCUUCACCAUCGGAGGAUCCUUCACAGGACCUAUUGGCGGAAAGACGGGCGAGGCCUAUGAUCCUGUCCAGAACAAGUGGACCCUGCUACAAGGAACUGACCCGACACCGCUCUUGACGACUGAUCGCGAAGGACCGUGGCGUGAGGACAACCAUGCCUGGCUCUACGGCUGGCGCAAUGGCUCGGUCUUCCAAGCUGGCCCUAGCAAAGCCAUGAACUGGUACAGCACCAACAAUGGCGGCUCCGUUUCUCCCGGAGGCGUCCGCACGAAUGUCAUGGACCAGAUGUGCGGUGUCAAUGUUAUGUUCGACAUUGGAAAGAUUCUUGCCACAGGAGGAAGCCAGGAUUAUACCGAUAGCGACGGUACGAAGGCAGCUCAUCUCAUCACCAUCACGGAACCAGGAGCUCCGGCGACUGUUGAGACUCUUCCGGAUAUGAACUUCCCUCGCGGCUUCGCCAACGCCGUCGUGCUUCCUGACGGAAAGGUCAUCGUGACAGGAGGCCAACGCCGAUCCUUGGUCUUCACUGACACAGACUCUGUGCUGAUCCCUGAAAUCUGGGACCCGAAGACAAGAGCCUGGACUCAGAUGGCUCCUGCUACGGUUCCGCGCAACUAUCACGCCGUCGGCAUUCUUCUACCGGACGCUACUGUCUUUGUUGGUGGCGGAGGUAUGUGCCCAGCUGCUCAAGGCAGCGACCUGUUUUGGUGUGAUCGCGCCAAGGAUCACUUCGACGGCGAGAUUUUUUCUCCGCCCUACUUGUUCACUACCGCGGGUGAAUUGGCGAAGCGGCCUGUGAUUUCGAGCAUCUCCGCCACUUCAGCCAAGGUUGGAUCCUCAAUCACGAUUACGCUUGAGGGCGGGCUUGACGGUGCCUCAUUUGCGAUGGUUCGAAUGGGAAGCGCAACGCACAGCAUCAACUCGGAUCAGCGUCGCGUGCCAUUAACUGAUGUCAAGAAGAAUGGGGCGGGAAAGUACACAGUCAGACUUCCGAAUGACUCGGGUGUACUCAUCCCUGGACCUUGGUAUAUGUUUGCAAUAUCUAAGGAGGGUGUGCCUUGCGUGGCUAGAACGGUGUUUGUACCGGCUUGA